CAAUAAGAUUGAUAAGAUUGUUCGCGAAAAAUUAAUUUAUUAUUCGCGAAUUUGAAAAUUGUUUACAGCCUUAGUCGACUACGUAAUCGUAGGAGUGCUAUCUCGGAGUGACAUACAUAAAUAAUAAACAAGCAAAAAGUAACAUACGCGACGUGCAUAUUAUUUUGCAAGCAAUCAGAUUUAUGCACAAAUUCAAAUCCUUAAGUGGGAUGUCCUUCAUUAUUGCGGCCGAGCGACAUACAAUUGCUGUGGUAAUUAACAAGAGACGACUACUGUAAUAGCGAAUUCCGCGUCGCGAACGGGCACUGCCCAUUUCUCUGCGAGCGUUCCUAACCUCAACCAACGAACGACGCGAGCUACGAAAAUGGAUUUAGAGAGUUUAUUAAACUUGAUUGAGAAGAGAAUGAUGUCACAAUAGUGGAAAGUGAUUAUGUGAUAAUAGUGAACGUCGCGUGCGAAUUUCUGUCAAGGAACAUUAUGUUAAUGGCACGUUUACGCUAUUACGUUUGUAAAUAAACUAAGAUAAUACGCGUGUACUUAUACAUACCUUUCACGCGUUAUCUGACAGACUUACAGAUAAGUGAUUAGUCAUUGGUUGGGUUUAGUCAUUGACCGAACGCACCCACGUUUUGUCGCGCGUUCUUCAUUUAUUUUUAUUGUGUGAUUACUCUUGGGAUUCGUAUAACUCUAUUAAAAUGGCGAGACUACGUGAGCUACGUCAAACCAGAGAGAGUUUACCAUUACGUGGCAAGUUUGUGAGUAACACUAGUGUAGACAGAUUUUCUGAACGUAGUCUCCAUGGUCUUGAUUCAAGGGGACGAUCUUCUAGGAACAUAUGCAAUGAUUGCAUGGCUAAAGUGCCCUAUGCAACUCUCAUAGCAACUAUAAUGUGUUGCCUGGGAGUUGGAAUCUUCUGCGGUACUAUGUAUAGAGGUGGAACGUUGUCUACUCUUAUGUUUGAUCAGGUGUUCCAUCUGCAUCUUUCAUGGCUAGAAGCGAUGCAAAUGGUGUUUGCAUCAAUUGGAGCUUGCAUGGCAGCUUUAGGAUUUAUGAUUCUGUGUGUCGGUUUUCUUGCAACUGGUGCUACGCGACACAAGGUCUAUCGUGCUUGGAGGUCCAGAGUGGGUGGACGUAUUACCUGUGCUGUUUUUAUGACUAUCACCUACAUUUUUCAAAUAGUUUGGCUUCUGAUUUUUGUAUUCCUGAUUAUCACCACAUUUGUAUUCACUAUAUUUUGGGGCCUAUGCAGCAAAUCACGUGUCCAAUCUCUUGAAGAUUGCAUUGACUUUACUCAAUUCGGCUUCAUGUUUCCAAACAAUACACGAGUACAAGACAUGCAAGUAUGUGGAUCUCAAGAGGUAAAGCUCUUCUGCAAGGAUUUCGUGGAAAAAGCUGCGGUAAUGUUCAUUCUGGCGACUGUGGCGGUCCUGCUGAUAGUUUUGAGCGCAAUGCACUACUUGAUGUGCUUGUCUGCCAAUUACGCGCACAUACGGGAUCACGAGAAGUUCCAAGAGCUGCAAGAACUGCAAUAUCUGCAGGAUGCAGUCGAUCCGGACUCUCCUCCACCAGGAAUGGGUACUCUAGGUUCCCAUCGCGGCAAAGACAGGUUCUAGGAUACGGCCCGCGAGAUCUUCACUAUGAAUCCUUUAUAAGGAGCUUGUUCAUUAGGACACAUAAGUAACCUUCAUGUCCGAUUGGAUAUUUCUUCCGGGUGUUACUUCCUCUUUUCUGUGUACCUAAAUUCGGUAUUCUACUCAUCGCGGUGUGUCGCGGUGGCUUACUGAUCCGAGGAUCUUGCGGGAACCAACUCUAUGCCGUCCAUUUUAUCUGUCGUACGUAAGCAUUUAAAAGCUUUUUCAUACAAAGGAGACAUUUAUUAGAGUAAGGUCUUUGUCUUUAGCGUGAAUGAAAUGGAUCCAAGUCGGGAUCAUUUUGUAAAUUUGUAUUAAUAGAGAAAGUAUUUGAAAUCUGGCCUAUGCACAACAUGUUUAAAACGCACAAUAUGACAACACAGAGAAAUUUUUUUAUUCAGAUAUAUUAUUUUUAUUUUAUUUCGAUGUACGCACAUACUUACUGCGUUACGUAAUAGUAUUAUGGAAGUAUUCACGACACUUUAGGUCGUUUGGUCUAAUAUUUCGAUAUUAAUUAUUCUCGGACUGUACGCACUUGCGUAUUAUAUCUUCAGUACUGAGAUUUUUUACAAGAGAGAUUUCUUUUUUUAUAUACGUAUACAUACGUUUACAUAGUAGCUAAA